AUGUCAAGUUCAGAUAAUUUAAAGGAUGACAAUUCUUCUCUUAUUACUGUCAUAGAUAAUCUUGAGUAUCAUCAAUUUGAUGCUUCAAAUCAAGAACAAUUUAAUCAAAUAUCUCAUCUAGUAAGUCAACACUUAUCAGAACCAUACUCAAUAUAUGUUUAUUGGUAUUUCCUUAAUACAUGGCCUCAAUAUUGUUUUAUAGUACGACAACCUAAACCAAAUGAUCAUAAUAUUAUAGGUGUGAUAAUCUCAAAAGUAGAACCUCACCGAAAUGUUAGAAUGAGAGGUUAUAUUGGUAUGGUAGUUAUUGAUCCAAGUUUUAGAAAAUUAGGAAUUGGAAAGAAUUUAGUCAAAUUAACUAUUGACAAAAUGAUAAAUUGGGAUCAAAUAGAUGAAAUUAUGUUAGAAACUGAAGUAAUUAAUAUUGGAGCUAUUAAAUUAUAUGAAAAUUUGGGAUUUUUAAAGACCAAAAGACUUUAUAGAUAUUAUCUAAAUACGCAUGAUGCAUUUAGAUUAAUCUUACCAAUUUCUGAUAAAUCAACUACCAGAAUUGCAUUCUUGCCACAAUUAGAAAGUUAA